AUGAAAGAAUAUCUCUCUUUGGGUGACGAAACAACAAUAAAUUAUAUUAAAGACGAAGAACUCGUAGCAACUAUUCUUACCUUGCUUUAUAAUUUAGCGUCUAAUUCAACUAUACAUGCUGUUAUAAAAGAAAUUGCACCAAAGCCGAUUUUAUUAUCACUGUGUGAUAACGAACAGCAACAAAUUACAACUAAUAGUACGCGACAAAAAAUUAACAUACCAACGAAUAUUCAAUUCCCAGCACGAUCUCUAGUUGCAUUAUCAACUGAAGAUGUUGAUGAAUUGGAUCAGCCAGAUGAAGUUACAAGCUUACUCGUUACAUAUUUGGCUAAAGCUGUUAAGAAUGACUCACAAGCGCAUGCAGGAGUUCAUGCUAUCAGGUUGCUUACCAAUGUAGCAACAAUUGCACAGAAUGAUCAAGUGAAAGAACAAAUUGUAGAAUCUGGUGCAUUGAGAUUAUUAUCUGACUGUAUCCUUACUCCAGCAGCUACUGAUGAUAAAAUUCAACAGCCAGCAUUAGACGCCAUAUGGACAGUCAGUUUUAAUGGAAAAGCACGUUUCGUACUGAGGACAGACGAAAAACUUGUCACACAAUUACAUGAAAUAUUUAAAUCAGGUCGCAGCUUUGAUCAACAAAAAGCAGCUGAUGGUAUUCUGUGGCGGUUAAUUAAUGAAGAAAAUUUUCGAGCUCAGCAGUUACCUAUUCAACGUAUAUUGGUCCAUCCAAAUGAAAAACCCCCAAACCCAACUUAUGAAGAUGAUAGUGUAUGGGUUAAAAUUAAUCACGAUGGAGGUCAAAUAGUCGUUUUACGGGACAACCUAACUAAAGAACAAAAGGAAAUGAUCGCUGCACAAAGAAGUCAAACAUUAGAUCUUCAGAUGAAAACCAGUAAACGGAAUAAAUACGAUUUAAUGAUUAGUUAUUGUCAUAAGAAUUCUGAUCUGUGCAACAUUAUUUAUAACUGUCUAUUGAAACUAGGAAAAUAUAAAAUAUGGAUUGAUAAGGAAGAAAUGCACGGAUCAAUGAUGGAACGCAUGGCUGAAGCGAUUGAAGAUUCACAUUUAAUGUUGGUUUGUAUGUCAAGUGCGUACAGGUCGAGUCAAGCAUGUCAAGCCGAAUGUGAAUAUGCUUUUAGUCAUCAACAUCGAGCACUUUUUUUGAAACUAGAACCGAACUAUAAACCAAACGGUUGGUUAGGUAUUUUUCUUGGCAGCAGAUAUUAUAUUGAUAUUACAAAAGGAGAUUUUAUGACAAAAUUCAAAGAGAUAGUCAAACAAAUUAGUAUUGAAAGAAAUGAAAUUCCAGACUAUGGUUUAAUAGAUACAAUCGUUACGGCCGAUGUGCAAAGAAUUGUGACAAAUGCUCUGAAAACUAAAGACAAAACCAGUAACACUGCUACAAAACUAAUAUCAGCCAAUAUUGAUAAAAUAUUACCAUCAGGUGAUAUUCAUCAGUCAACACUAUCGCCACCUUCACUGAGUAAUGCAACAACAUGUACUGCUAACUCUGAACAGAAAACUCAUAAUACAGAUGCUUCUGCAUCUCCAAAUACCAAAGAAAUAUUGAAUGCCAAACCUUCACUUCUUAGUGCAUCAAAUAAUUUUAUACCACCGUCUGUCCGUUCUACCAUCAGCAACACAGAUCUCCAACAAAUAAAUUCAAAGCAAAACACACCUAUCAGUAGCUCGUCUAUUGUGUUGUCAUUUGAAAAGUCGGCUUCAGUACUAGACAGUCAAAACAAAAUUAAAGAAGAGUGUUUGACUCCUGACAAACUUGCAAAAUACUAUCCAUCCAACUUUGACUAUGGUAAUGUUGGCGAUAAUCAAGAUUCUUCAAAUGAUUUUGCUUUCAAAGUUCAAACACAUAGUAUUCCAAAUUUAUCAGAUGAUGAGUAUGGAACAGAUCGUGAAGAUGCGUCAUGCAAUCCUUUUCGCUGUUGCCUUCGUUUUCUCAGAUCUCGUCGUUACGCCUCCUCAAAUGAAUGA